AUGGGGCCUAUGCUCACCUCCUCCAACGUCUAUUGGGCAUUUGCGAAUAGAGGUUAUGUGACGGAUCCCGAAUACGUGAAAGCUGUAAUCAGAAAUUAUGUGCAUUUCAAAGCCCAGAGGGGGAAAUCGAAGACUGAGAUAUCAAUGAAGUUGGAAUACCUGGAAAGAGAGUUCCCUCAAUUCGCAUAUGCCUUCCGAGCUAUCAGACAAGAAUAUUCUCUAUCCCCUUCUCGUAUUUUACCUGCUCCUAGAGUGACAUCCAGUAGUGCCAGCAACAGUAACAAUCUCCGACGGACACAGACAGCUACCACACCUAGUCGAACUUCAAAUACCAAUACUAUCACUCGUACCCAUACGACCGUAGGAGCUACAACCAAUAGAGCCACCACGAACAAUGAUGAUGAACCUCCUCCACCUCCUUAUCAGAGCCAAGAUCCUGAUCCAGCAUCGACUAGGAUACUCCAGGAAUCACUAGCAGCCGAAGCUGAAUUGAGAGGAACUUUACCUGGUCAAACUACCUCGACUCCUACUACAGCCACAACCCACAAUAGCUCGCCUCCGACAUCAGCAGCUACUCAACCACGAACAGCUGGAGCGGCCAAUGCAGAGGUCGACGAUUCUCCGCAGCGAGUACCUAGUGAUCCGGAAUUAGCGAGAAUAUGGGAGGAAUCCCAAUUCGAAGAAGCUAAGAGGGCUAGUCUAGCUUGGCAGGUGGAACAGCAGGAGUUACAGGAAGCCAUGAGAUUGAGUUUAGCAGAAUCAGAAUCCAGAGGAGAAGGUUCCUCCAGCGCUACAGCUGGUCCGAGCAACUCUCAUCCGAUAAGUACCAUUCCCGAAACCCAGUCAAUAGGGGGAACUAGUAGUCACAGCUCAGAUAUGAGAGACUUAGUAGAUGGCAUGGAAGAUAUGAUCAUCCCUGGAUCCUAUAAUUCAGUUCAACAAUCAACUUCCACAUCUACCUCGAAAAAUCAGAAUAAUAAUCAACAGCUUCAGAAUUUACUCGAUGAACAAUCAAGUUCAUAUACCGGUCAGACGCCCCUUACACCCCAGAAGACAGGAUUCCACAUCCAAAGUAAAAAUCCCUUCUUAUCGUCCAACGAGAAAGAACAACUUCAAGCUAUGGAACAGGCUGCUCUUCAUAAUCAGUCCCACCCAGCACCCCCUGAUCAGCUUGCUCAGCAACACACGCCACCACCUAUGGCAGCUGGAUCGAGCUAUACACACUACACACCGCCGUCUGAACCCAGUCAACAACUCUAUACUCCCCCGCCUGGGCCACCUCCCAAUCAUCUCCGUAUAGUCACUCCUACCUCACCCACUACCAGACCUCUACCUGCAACUCCUAAGGAUCAAUUCCCCUGGGAUGGAUCAUCUAGUCCCAGUAAUGGUAAUGGUAUGAUAUCAAGUCCGAUAUCUCACAAUCAACCCAGCUUGUCUUCACCUAUUGCCGAAUCACAUAACAGCUUACAUCAGACAUUACAAGGUACUCCACCAUCCUUACCGGCAAGAAGAAAAUCAUUCGUACCUCCACAAGGGAAAGAAGACGCUUUGGAGAUGUUGAAAGAUUUCGAUACUGUUUUCCUAGUUGAUGAUAGCACGUCUAUGGCAGGGGAGAGAUGGUCAGAAGCGAGACAGGCUUUAAUGGAAGUGGCCGAGAUUGCCGCAAGAUACGAUGAGAAUGGGGUGGAUAUUUAUUUCUUGAAUAGUAAAAGAGUAGGAAAGGAGUUGAAAGCUGCUCAUGAAGUGGAAGAUCUGUUUAGAGGAUUGGAGCCAAAGGGUGCUACUCCGACUGGAAUGAGAUUAGAGAGUAUAUUGAGGGAAUAUAUGGCAAGAUUAGAAAGGUCUCAGACUACUUCGCCAACGUCUAAUGGUGGCGGGAGCUCGGACGUAUCAGUCAAACCUAUGAAUUUGAUUGUCGUGACUGACGGGGCACCCACCGAUGAUCCCGAAUCAGUAUUAUUAUCAACUGCAAAACGGCUAGACAGGGGUGAAUAUCCCUUAUCUCAAGUGGGCGUACAAUUUCUACAGAUUGGAAAUGACUCGGAAGCUAGAGAAGCUCUGCAGGAGUUGGAUGAUGGGUUAUCCGCUGCGCACGGUGUGAGGGAUAUAGUCGAUACGGUCUUGUAUAAUGGAGAGGAUAUGAGUGCUGGGUUGAUCAUUAAGACUUUGUUGGGUGGGAUCAAUCGAAGAUUAGAUAGAAGAAGUUCAGCUUAA